CGCUGCGUUUGCGGAAGAACAUCUCUGUCUGCGACGAGUGACUGGGACGAAAAGAAGAGAAGUUCAGAAAGUUUGAUCACCGCGCUGCCAUACGAAGUAAAAUCCCCUUACAUAUGAAGAUAGAAAUAUACGGAUAUAUAUGGUCAAACGACACAAUCUGACGGGAUAAAAGACAUCUCGUCUUCGAGUGCUGUUCGCUUUUUGACUCUUUGUCGCUUGAAUUUGAGAAUCAUUUAUAGAUUCUUGCGCUUUAACCUGAGACGGAGCACAGCCUCACGCUGGUGACUCUAUGUGGAUUUUACAAAAAAUAUGGGCCAAUUACCAGGUGUUUCUUCGGGCAAAGUCAUCCUCCUAGUUAUUUGCUGCCUUAAAUUAUCACAUGCUCUGCAGUGUGUGGAUCCUGUGAAGCCUUGUGUGAACAAUGCUACCUGUGUCACCUUCCACAAUGGAACAGGCUUCUGCAGGUGCUCUUCAGGUUUCUUAGGCGAGUACUGCCAGCACAGAGACCCGUGUAAAGCGGGGUAUUGUCUGAAUGCAGGAGAGUGCACUGUGAGUUUGUCUGGAGUUCCUGGAAGCCCCAGCUGCGUUUGUCCUCUGGGCUUCACCGGCCCCAACUGCGGGAUCCAGAAAAACUCCGCCUGCUACCCUAACAACCCCUGCAACAAUGGGGGGACGUGCUCGCUCCUUCCCAACGAGAAGUACCAAUGCCACUGUGCCCGUAGUUGGACAGGUCAACUUUGUGAAAAUGAGGACACUUGUCUGUCCAGCCCAUGUGCCAACGGGGGUGCCUGCCAAGCUCUCCCGAACCGGGAAUUCUCCUGUACCUGUCCCCCUGGUUACCAUGGCCCCCGUUGCCUUAAUGACACAGAUGAGUGUGCCUUGUCCCCCUCUCCCUGCAAGAAUGAAGGCUUGUGUGUGAACACCCAGGGCUCAUAUCAGUGUAACUGCCCGCCCGGUUUUACGGGCCGCCACUGCGAGUUAGUUUACAUACCCUGCUCUCCAUCGCCCUGCCUCAAUGGUGGUACAUGCCGGCAGAUGACUGACACAACUUACGUAUGCCACUGCCUUCCAGGUUUUAAUGGAACAAACUGUGAGGUUAACAUUGAUGAUUGUCCAAGUCACCGGUGUGAGAAUGGAGCUACUUGCAUGGAUGGAGUUAACACGUACAAUUGCCAAUGCCCACCUGAAUGGACUGGUCAGUUUUGCAACAAUGACGUGGAUGAAUGCAGGCUACAGCCCAACGCCUGUCAGAAUGGAGGAACAUGCAGUAACACACUGAACGGCUACAAUUGCGUGUGUGUGAACGGCUGGAGCGGUUUCGACUGCUCUGUGAACAUCAAUGACUGUGCCCCUGCACCCUGCACUGCUGGAUCCACCUGCAUUGAUCGUGUUGCGUCUUUCGUCUGCAGCUGCCCUCCUGGCAAAACUGGUUUGCUGUGUCACAUCGAUGAUGCCUGCACCAGUAACCCUUGCAAGAUGGGAGCUCAGUGCGACACAAACCCAGUCAAUGGCAAGUUUAACUGUAACUGCCCCUCAGGUUACAAGGGCAGCACGUGUGCGGACGACAUUAACGAGUGUGUCAUCGGGCCAAACCCAUGUGAGCAUGGUGGCUCAUGUAUGAAUACAGAUGGCUCGUUCACCUGUAAUUGUGCUCCGGGCUACACGGGCCCCCGCUGCGAGACAGACAUCAACGAAUGUAUCUCCUAUCCUUGCCUGAAUGACGCCACUUGCUUGGACCAGAUAGGAGAUUACAACUGCAUCUGUAUGGCAGGCUUUGAGGGAGUACACUGUGAGAUUGACAUUAAUGAGUGUGCCAGCUCGCCUUGUCUUAAUAAUGGCAAAUGUCUGGACCAGGUCAGCCGAUUCAUCUGCGAGUGUCCUCAGGGUUUCACUGGGGAAAUGUGUCAGAUUGACAUUGACGAAUGUGCCAGCACUCCUUGCCAUAAUGGGGCCAAGUGUCUCGACCGACCCAACGGCUAUGAGUGUGAAUGUGCUGAAGGUUUCACAGGGCCGCUGUGUAUGGAAAACAUUAAUGACUGUGAACCUAAGCGCUGUCACCAUGGUGACUGUAUAGACGGAAUUGCAACAUUCUUCUGCGAAUGUCACCCGGGUUACAUGGGCCCCAUCUGCAGUGAACAAAUAAGGGAGUGCCAGAGUGACCCCUGCCAAAAUGGAGGUUACUGCGUCGACCUGGUCAACAGGUACCAAUGCAACUGCCUGCAAGGGACCACAGGUGUGAACUGUGAGAUCGACCUUGAUGACUGCGAGAACAAUCCAUGCCAGCACGGGGUCUGUGAAGAUGGAAUAAACAAGUACAAUUGUGUGUGCGAACCUGGAUACACAGGGGAGAGGUGUACAGAGGAUAUAGACGAGUGCAGCUCAAGACCAUGUCUGAGUGGAGGGACAUGUGUGGACAAGAUCAACGGCUUUCAGUGUUCGUGCCCUGCUGGGACUCACGGUCCCUUGUGUCACUCUGGCGCAGAUUUCUGCAGUCCUCAGCCAUGCCUGCACGGAGAGUGUGUCGAGCAGCAGGACGGGUACCACUGCGCAUGUAAAGCCGGCUGGGAGGGCAAGAAUUGUGAACGAGAAAAGAAUGAGUGUUUGUCAAACCCAUGUCAGAAUGGAGGAACCUGUAAUGACCGUUUGAACAGCUACAUCUGCGUGUGCCCCCAUGGACUUGCAGGCUCCAACUGCGAGAUUAACGUUAAUGAAUGUGAGUCAAGCCCUUGUAUGAAUCAGGGAACCUGCAUGGAUGAAAUCAACAGCUACACCUGCCACUGCACUCUUCCUUUUACAGGGAGACACUGCGAGGAGAAGUUGGUCCCCUGUGCAUCUCAACCCUGUCAGAGUGGUGGUGUGUGUCGACCGUCCGCAGAUUACACCGCAUAUACCUGCCAGUGCCUUAGCGGCUGGGAAGGAGCCCAAUGCACAGAAGAUGUCAAUGAGUGCAGGAGGGGCCCGUGUCAGAAUGGGGCUCAUUGUGUGAACACGCAGGGCAGCUAUUACUGCGAAUGCCAUCCUGGGUACAGUGGAGUCAACUGCCAGACCAACAUUGAUGACUGCAGCUCCAAUCCAUGCCGUAACGGGGGCACUUGCGUGGAUAGAGUGGGACGUUUCUUGUGCGAGUGCAGAGCUGGUUUCUAUGGAGAGCGUUGUGAGGAGGAGAUGGACGAAUGCGUUAGCGCCCCCUGCAGGAAUGGAGGUCUCUGUAAAGAUUAUGUGAAUAGCUACACCUGCGAGUGCCCGCCAGGCUUUGAUGGAAUCAACUGUGAACGCGACAUCCCAGAUUGCACCGACACGUCGUGUCUCAACAACGGAACGUGUGUGGAUGGAAUAAAUCGUUUCUUCUGCCGCUGUCGACAUGGUUUCUCGGGUCAGUUUUGCCAGUUUGAGCUGAACGAGUGCGACUCUCAACCCUGUAAAAAUGGAGGCACUUGUAUAGACGGCUUGGGGACUUUCCACUGCACCUGCCCGCUGAUGUACAAUGGGAAAACCUGCGAGUCAAUGGUGAAUCUGUGCAGUCAGAUUAAGUGUCAGAACAGAGGCAUGUGCAUCCAAAAGGAGAUGGAUUGGAGGUGCAGUUGUAACCCAGGGUGGACCGGGCUGUACUGCGACAUACCCAACGUGACUUGCCAGGCUAUUGCCAUCACCAAGGGUGUUAAGGAGGAUAAGGUCUGUAAGAAUGGGGGGCACUGUGUGAACAAACCCAACACACACUGGUGUCAGUGUCAGAGAGGUUACACUGGCAGUUACUGUGAGCUGGAAGUGGAUGAGUGUUUGUCCAACCCAUGCAGAAAUGGAGGAAACUGUGUGGAUUAUCAGGGAGGUUAUGAUUGCCAGUGUAAAUCAGGUUAUCAGGGUGUGAACUGUGAAUACGAUGUUAACGAGUGCCAAUCAAAUCCUUGUCUCCAUGGAGGCACCUGCAUUGACCUGGUCAACCGUUUCUCUUGCUCAUGCCCUCCUGGCACCAAAGGUUUGCAGUGUGAAAUAGACGUUGAUGAGUGUGCCAAAGAAUUCAGUCCGCGUUGUCUGAACGGCGGCCAGUGUUUGGACGGUUUGGGACGGUACACCUGCUCCUGUCCACCUGGUUUUACUGGAGAGCAUUGUGAGGGAGACAUAAACGAGUGUCUGUCCGGACCGUGCCACCCCCCUGGCACCAUCGACUGCGUCCCACUCGCCAAUGACUAUCAGUGCCGCUGCCGUCUCGGUUAUACCGGUCGACACUGUGAGUCAAUGGUGGAUCUUUGCCAGUCCAAGCCGUGUCACCACCACGGCAGAUGUUCAAUGAACAUGAGUUCGGUGCAUGGCUACAGCUGCACAUGCCAAUCCGGUUUCACUGGCUUCAACUGUGGUGAUUACCCCUGUGCCAAUGUCCGUUGCCUGAACGGUGGACGGUGCAUGGAGACGCUGGGGCGCCCUCAAUGCCAGUGCAAAAACGGUUUUACCGGGCCGCAAUGCGAGAUCUUGCAAAGUCUCUGCGUGUGUGGUAACGGAGGCACCUGCAUUGAUCCACGUGAUUCCAACAAGUUUAGCUGUCGAUGUGUGCCUGGAUACAGCGGGCCGGAUUGUCAGAUUUUAUCUAGAACUACCCCUACCUGCCCAUACGUGGAGUGUGAACAAAGGGCUGGAGACAAAGUAUGUGACCCACAGUGUAAAACGGCAGAGUGCGAGUGGGAUGGAGGCGACUGUACAUUGCUUUUCGAAAAGCCCUGGAAGAACUGCUCAGCCUCUGUGCCCUGCUGGGAUCUUUUCCAUAAUGGACGCUGUGACCAGGAAUGUAACAAUGCCGGCUGCCUUUUUGACAACUUUGAAUGUUCUUCGGGACGGAGCGCUUGCAAAUAUGACAAAUACUGUCCAGAUCAUUACGGCAAUGGUCAUUGUAAUCAGGGCUGUAACACAGAAGCAUGUGGCUGGGACGGACUGGAUUGCGCUACAGACACUCCUCCCAAACUGGCUGACGGCACGCUGGUGAUCGUGGUGUUGCUGCAGCCCAAAGAGUUGCUGGGUGACAUUCGGGGUUUCUUGCGCUCUUUGGGGAUGCUCCUGCACACUAAUUUGCGGCUAAAGAUGGACCAGCAGCAGAGACCUAUGGUGUACCCGUAUUAUGGAAAAGAAGAAGGCGAGCAAGACGGUGUCUCCACGAUGAAGCAACGUGGUAAACGAGAGCUGGGGAAGGAGGUUCUUGGAUCAAAGGUUUUCCUGGAGAUUGACAAUCGUCAGUGUUCACAGCACUCAAUCGAAUGCAUCUCCAGCGCAGACCAGGCUGCAGCCUUCAUAGCUGCCGAGUAUCUUAAAUCGGAGCUGCCGUACCCCCUGCACUCCGUCAGCAGUGGUCAACAAGAUCCUCAUCCCCUGCCCCCUCUGCUGUAUUUGGUUGCGGUGGCAGCAGCUAUCAUCUUGUUGAUACUGAUAUUGGGUGUAUUGGUUGCCAAGCGAAAACGCAAGCAUGGAAGUUUAUGGCUUCCUGACGGCUUUAGUCCAAAGAAGGAGUGCAAACGUAGGGAACCAGUGGGCCAGGAUGAUUUUGGCAUGAAGAACAUACAGAAGCCACAGGAUAUUGGGAUGAUGGAUGGCAGCUCUACCCACCACUGGUCAGAGGACGAUCAUCUAGCUGAGAAACCCAGGAUGGAGGAUAAGCCGUUGCUUCCUGUUGGAGUGGAUGGAGGGGUGGACAGAAGAGAAUGGACCCUGCAGCAUCACAAAGCUGCUGACAUCCCACUCACUCCGCCUCAGGCGGACAUAGAUAUGGACAGCCUGGACGUCAAUGUCAAAGGACCAGAUGGUUUCACUCCCCUCAUGCUGGCAUCAUUGCGGAAUGGCAGCAGUUCUGAUUGUGGCAGCAUGCUGGGUGAUGAGGAGGAGGAAAGCGGAGCAGACGAGCCUGGCACAAAUGUUAUAACCGACCUCAUCGGACAGGGCGCUUCGCUCAAUUCCCAGACGGACCGCACCGGAGAGACUGCCCUUCAUCUCGCUGCACGAUAUGCUCGCGCUGAUGCUGCCAAGAGGCUGCUGGACGCUGGUGCCGAUGCCAACGCUCACGAUAACAUGGGCCGUACCCCUCUGCAUGCGGCCGUGGCGGCAGACGCACAGGGAGUCUUCCAGAUUCUUAUCCGUAACCGUGCCACGGAUCUUGAUGCCCGCAUGAAUGAUGGCACCACACCACUCAUCCUGGCAGCCAGAGUGGCAGUGGAGGGCAUGGUAGAGGAGCUGGUGCACUGCCAUGGAGAUGUCAACGCUGUGGACGACCAUGGUAAGUCGGCUUUGCAUUGGGCAGCUGCUGUCAAUAAUGUUGAAGCCACACUGGUGCUACUGAAGAAUGGAGCCAACAGAGACAUGCAGGACAACAAGGAGGAGACCCCCCUGUUCCUUGCGGCCAGAGAAGGGAGCUUUGAAGCAGCUCAAGUCCUGCUAGAUCACUAUUCAAACCGCGACAUCACCGACCACCUCGACCGCCUGCCACGUGAUACCGCCCAGGAGAGGAUGCAUCACGACAUUGUGCGUCUCCUGGACCAGUACAACCUGGUGCACAGCCCACACUCCGGGCCAAAUCACAUCGGUAACGGCGGAGGGCACUCUAUGGUCUGCGGGCCGAACGGAACAGGAUACAUUGGCAUGCGUCCUGGACCGCAGGGCAAAAAGAAUCGACGGGGUGGAGGCAAAGCAGGCGGCGUUACAGGUGGGACAGCCAAAGAUCUGAAGGAAAUGAAAGCCAAGAGGCGUAAGAAGCCCGCUGGCGGAGAUGGACCGGUUGUGGUGGCGGUGGGCGGACCUGUGGGGAAUGCCAACAAAGCAGCCGGGGGUCUCUCUGAAAGCUCAGUCACCAUGUCACCUGUGGAUUCUCUGGAGUCUCCCCACUCGUAUUCCGGAGAGCCUGCCGUCACAUCCAACACUGCAAACUCUCCCCCGCUGCUGAGCAGCCCGUCCGUUAGGCCCAUGCUGCCCCCUGUCAGUCACAUGCUGGGCCAGCAGCAGAGCUGGGGGGGUCUGCCUAAACACCCUUACAACCCCCACAUGUUUAGUCUCAUGCAGUCCCACCAGAUGAGCACGGGCCACACUGGCAUGCAGCAGCAACACCACAGCCCUGGCAUGCUCACCCCGAUGAAUGUCACCAUGAACCGAGAACAGCUGCCGCCCAUUGUCACCUUCCAGUCGAUGGCAACGAGCGGUGGGCAGAGCCUCCUCAAGCAGCCGCAACAGGGGCAGAUGCAAGCACAAGGGCAGAACCAGAGCCAGGCCCGUGUUCAAGCGGGCCAGCACAUGCACUGCAACCAGGGUUUGAUGUACCCCAUUCCUGACGUAGGAAUGCUGCACGGCAUCUCACACACCCUUCAACACCCCCAUGGUCAUAACCACACCCUCCCUCGCGGAAACGGGUUGGCGGAGGGGCAGGCGCGACAAGUGGCGUCCUAUCAGCCACGCCAGAGCCCUGUGGAUAAAUAUCCCACCCCACCGUCCCAGCACAGCUAUGCCACUGCUGGCUCCGAGGGAACCACCCCGGGUCAUCCCGCACACCCUCCCAGUGAACAUCCUUACCUCACACCUUCGCCCGAAUCGCCUGACCCCUGGUCCUCUUCAUCACCACACUCCAAUUCAGACUGGUCCGAUGUCACCACAAGCCCCACCCCUCUAGGAAACCCUCAUUCAAUGGCUUCUUCCUGCCACAAACACAUUCCCGAACAGGCUCAGCUGCAGCCCCAGUUGCAGCCUGUGCAGCCGGCGCAGUCACAGCAGUCACAGCGCAGCAGCGUGUAUGCGUAAGAACACAAACCUCAGUGGUGCACUCUAACCUUUGGAGUUUAAUUGCACGGCCAUUUUGAUUUCUCUGUCUAGGUGUCGAAGGAGUGGCCAACUAUCAGUCUUCCAUGUAUUUUCUCUGCCCUUCAUCUUUAUGCUUGUUGACUGCGAUGUUUGUAUUUUAGAAAUUUCCACAAGCUCAUAUUUUUGAUCACCCAAAAGAUCCUAAAAUUGGACCAGAUGUUACACAGAACCUGUCUUUUAAGCAGAGAAAAACUAUGUUUUUAAAAACUCUGAAAUCCACUGUUACACAUGGACGAUCACGCUGCCAAGUUAUCUGUGGUAACGGUCCCAGCGUGGGAUUUUUUUCAUGGAGCUUUUAUGUAUUGAAGGAAAUUUUCUCAUUUAAUCUGCAAUCUUUUUGCCAGAUAUGCUAAAUUGGUACCAAUUUGUCUUUUUAUAUAAGACAUCAGCUGCAUGUGUUUUCCUAUCGUUCACCUUUUUUGUACUGAUGGAAUGUUUUUUAAGGAAUUGGUGAUACUUUUGCCCCGUGACCCGAGGUAGUUCGGAUAAGCGGUAGAAAAUGGAAUGGAAUGGAAUGGUGGUACUUUUGUUGUUUCGCAUUUAGAUUGGAAGCAAGAAUGUGUGUAGUAAAGGAGGUCGACAUUUGUGCCCACAUACAUCUCAUUCAUAUGUGGUUCAGAGCUAAACUGUGGUGUAAAUAGUCUGUAAAAUGUUACUUUAUGUUUCUCAUUGUCUGUGUUACUUUGUAUCUUCUGCCUUGCCAAUGAUUAAAAGAGGUAACAUGAGGUGUGUAAAUAUGGUAGGGUUCAACUUCGAUUCUUUAUGGUAUGCAGUAUUUUUUGGCCACAAAUAUUACAGACGAGUGGAAUUCCAGCAAAAUGAAAAGUUUAGACAAAUAUUAUCAGUGCCUUUUAAAUGUAUUUUUAAUCAUUGUUUACUAUGUUUUUGUUAUUCUGCUUUGUGUUACAUUAAUAUUCUGAGCAGUUUAACUGGUUCUUUUUGUGUUUCAUGUAUUCUCUUUGUAAAACAAUCAGCCUGUCUGUGCGACCGUUCAAAUAAUACUUUAUACAAUUCAAAUGUUCUGUUUCACUUUUUGUGAUUUCAUGAUUUGAGCAAAGCUUUAUAAGCCUGAUUAGUACAAUCACACUUUUCUUUGUUAUGCACAAUAAUGCCCCUCUAUCUCAAACACCAAAUAAACACUCUAAGUAGUAUAUAGAAAGCCAUGCAUACAUUAGUAAGAGAUGAUAAAAUACUCUUUAUAAGGUCUUAUGAACUUCCUGUAUUUGUUUUAAUGAUUUCAUCAGUGACAUUAUAUGUUCAAUAUUAAGAGAGUGGACUUUACACUCACUUGUGUAAACAAAGUUAGGAAUUUUGGAAUCAAUUGGCUUCAUUAUGUGGCUUAAAAUACCAUUAUUCGAUGUAAAACAGACUCACAUAUUGUUCCUCUUGUAGCACUUAUGGCCCCUUCAACAGAAUCAUUUUUGGUGUAAUGAAAUCAAGGUGAACGAAUACGUUCGUCCACCAAAAGAUCAUCGCAAAGCUUCUGGACCGUUGUGGUUUCACCCAAAUGUUAUGCAAAGCUAUUUUAUAUAUGUGCUGUAUAUAAUUUCGAUUGUUUGUUUUAUUGUAUCUGCUUUUUCUGUUCACCAAAUAUAUCAUAAAAUAUUCUAGAACGAAGUGAUUGUUUCAUUUUAGUAUUUCGUAGAUGAAAAUCUGAUUUAAAGAACAAAAGUCUGUGUAUUGGAAACAAACAAAUUGAUGAUCACAAGAGUAAUGAAACACAACAAUAAAGGAAGAGCUUUAAAAUUG